ACUCGCAGGCGCUCUCGGGCGCAGCCGCCCCCGUGGUAGCCACGGACCGGUAGGGGAAAUGCCCUCGGCGGUUUGCUUCGCUCUGUAGAGGAGCGAUGGGGAGGCGUUGGGCCUGGCCUGAGGUAGGAGGGAGCCCAGCUGCCGCUGCUAGUGCCUGAGCCAUGACGCGCGCGUGGGUCCUACUCUCCGCGGUGCUCUGGUCUGUCGUAGGAGUUGGAUCGCAACGUUCUUCCUUAUUCAGUAAGAAAGGCUUUGUUUACGGCACGGAAGGACACCCAGUGAAAAUAUACGUAAAGUUACAUCAGAAUAGCCCUGUCCUUAUUUGUAUGGAUAUUAAUCGUGCUAAUAAAGAAACAGUGGACCCCACCUACUUAUGGAUUGGGCCUAAUGAAAAUGCAUUAACAGGGAAUAGCCGAGUAAACAUGACAAACACAGGAAAACUGGUGGUGAAAGAUUUUUUGGAGUCAUUAUCUGGACUUUACACAUGUACUCUUUCCUUUAAGACUAUCAAAGCAGAAACCCAAGAAGAAACAACAAUAAAGAAAAGAUAUGACUUUAUGAUCUUUGCCUAUAGGGAACCUGACUAUUCUUAUCACAUGGCUGUGCGUUUCACCACAAAGUCUUGUAUAGGAAGAUAUAAUGACCUGCUCUUUAGAGUGCUGAAGAAAAUCUUGGAUAAUUUAAUCUCUGAUUUGUUGUGCCAUGUCAUAGAACCGUCAUAUAAGUGCCAUUCUGUUAAAAUUCCAGACCGUGACUUCGUGUAUGAGCUAUUCAUAGCCUUUCAAGUGAAUCCUUUUGCACCAGGCUGGAAAAGUGUGUGCAACGACUCUUUAGACUGUGAAGACGCCACUAAUCAUAACAUCCUCAAGGCAAGAGAUCGGAUAGAAGAAUUUUUUCGGAGCCAAGCAUACAUUUUGUACCAUCACUUUAAUGAAACUGUACCAGCUAUGCAUUUUGUGGACCACAGUUUUCAAGUAGUGCGUAUAGAUAACUGUCGACCAGGCUUUGGGAAAAAUGAAGGUCUCCACAGCAAUUGUGCUACCUGUUGCGUGGUCUGCAGUCCUGGAACAUUCAGUCCUGAUGUCGAUGUCACCUGUCAGAUCUGUGUUUCUGUCCAUACAUACGGAGCUAAAUCUUGCCCAUAAACUUCAAGACCAGAGAUGAAAGCAUGGUUACUUGCCCCUGAAGGUGGGGACAAAGAUUUGUUCACAUCUGAGAGCGUCAUAGAUGCCUCCAGAAAGUAAGAUCAGUAAGAGCAAAAAUCUGGGGUUGUGCAUUUUAGAAACAGCAACAGAAAAGAGUUGACAUGGCUUUUCGAAGAAGGAAUUUCCUUCAGUACCUCCAGUGUACCAGGGGGAAGUUAAGUGUUAGUGGAUGCUUUAAAUGAAAUAUGUUCUAUUAUCUAGAAACUAAAACAUGCUUUGUACCCGAUACUAUAUUAAGAUCAAAAAGAGUAGCAAAGUAUGGUAUAAUAAAAAAUUUCUAUUUUCCAUA